UUUCAGGGUACUGGGAUAUGAAAAUAUCUUGUCAGCUGUACUACUUCACUGAAAUAGCAAUAAGCUGAGGGGUUUUAUCAUUAUGUGUUGUUGGGCAUUUUUAUUCCAAAACUAUGUGAAAGUACAUCUGUGAACAGAGUGUUGAGGAAAUGGCAGAAUCCAAAGACUUAGUGGCCAGAAGUAAAAUUUGGAUGAAGUGAACUAACCAAGUUGCCGUCAUGAGCAGGAGCAAGCGUGACAACAAUUUUUACAGCGUUGAAAUUGGAGACUCAACUUUCACCGUAUUGAAACGGUAUCAGAAUUUGAAACCAAUAGGAUCAGGAGCACAAGGGAUAGUAUGUGCAGCUUAUGAUGCCAUCCUUGAGCGGAAUGUUGCAAUCAAGAAGUUAAGCCGACCGUUUCAGAACCAAACCCACGCUAAAAGAGCCUACAGAGAGCUUGUUCUUAUGAAGUGCGUUAAUCACAAAAAUAUAAUCGGCCUACUGAAUGUGUUCACACCACAAAAAUCCCUGGAAGAAUUUCAAGAUGUCUACAUAGUGAUGGAGCUCAUGGAUGCAAAUCUCUGCCAAGUGAUUCAGAUGGAGUUGGACCAUGAACGAAUGUCCUAUCUUCUUUAUCAAAUGCUAUGUGGUAUCAAACAUCUUCAUUCAGCUGGGAUUAUUCAUAGGGAUUUAAAGCCCAGUAAUAUAGUAGUAAAGUCAGACUGCACUUUGAAGAUUCUUGACUUUGGACUGGCCAGAACUGCAGGAACUAGUUUUAUGAUGACGCCUUAUGUAGUGACUCGUUACUACAGAGCACCAGAGGUCAUCCUAGGGAUGGGAUACAAAGAAAACGUAUCUUCUACAGGAAAACAAAGAAAAGAUCUGUCAUUUGAGGGAAACACAUCAUCAAAUACAUUGCACCUACAAGAAAACAGUUUGUGGUACCCAUUAGGAGAACCAGUUGACAUUUGGUCAGUUGGGUGCAUCAUGGGAGAAAUGAUCAAAGGUGGUGUUUUAUUUCCUGGUACAGAUCAUAUUGAUCAAUGGAAUAAAGUUAUAGAGCAGCUAGGAACACCAUGCCCUGAAUUUAUGAAGAAAUUGCAGCCUACAGUCCGAACUUAUGUGGAGAACAGACCUAAAUAUGCUGGAUAUAGUUUUGAAAAACUCUUUCCAGAUGUUCUUUUCCCGGCUGACUCCGAACACAAUAAACUUAAAGCAAGUCAAGCAAGAGAUUUGUUAUCAAAAAUGCUGGUUAUAGAUGCUUCUAAAAGAAUCUCUGUGGAUGAAGCCCUGCAGCACCCAUACAUCAAUGUUUGGUAUGAUCCAUCAGAAGCAGAAGCUCCUCCACCAAAGAUACCAGAUAAGCAGUUGGAUGAGAGGGAGCACACGAUAGAAGAGUGGAAAGAGUUGAUAUACAAGGAAGUCAUGGACCUGGAGGAAAGAACCAAGAACGGGGUUAUACGUGGCCAACCAGCCCCUUUAGGUGCAGCAAUGAUCAAUGGCUCUCAACACCCAUCUUCAUCGUCAUCUGUCAACGAUGUGUCUUCAAUGUCAACAGAUCCAACAUUGGCCUCUGAUACAGACAGCAGUCUAGAAACCUCAGCUGGACCUCUGGGUUGCUGUAGAUGACUACUUGGUCUUUCGGGGGGUGGGAGGGGGGUCCUUUUAGUCAUUAAUAGGGCACUUUUAAAAUUUGGUGGUAUUUUUGAGUGUUUUUUCAAAAAUAAUCAUGGAAUUGAUCAUAAAGUGCUGUAAUUUCAAACUGUAAGUUGUGUUAUAAGCAGCCACUUUUUUGCUGUAAUUAACUGUAAAAUAUUAAACCUGGUAAUUUUUAUUGUGGUUUUAAAAUCUGCAUAUUUGCUUUACUAUUAUGCUGCUGAUCUUUUUUUACUGAAUUUGUAAGAUUUGUUUUAUCAAAGCACAUAUUAAUGUUGUGGUCAUUACCAUAUGAUGAAUUAUUUAAGAUUUUAUAGGUUUUCAAUUUUUUAAUUAGAAUUUAUUCCAGAUGUUUUGUUCAUGAUAUCCUUCAAAGUUUUAUGCUUGGUCAUACAUCUGUGUCCAGGUGGAGGGGGAGAGAAUUCAGUGCAGCCAGCUGUAGUUUCUGGCAUACUACUGUGGUGCUGGAUAGUGAACAAAAUCCUCUUUUAUUUUGGCCACUUGCCUAUGAUACUUCAGCAAAAGCAACAAUUAUAUAGUGAGUUUUUUUUUUAAAGAAACAGGAAAAAAAAAACUUUGCAAAGUAACGUUUUCUGAAUGGGUUUAUGAACUUAAGAAAGCAAAGCAUAUCUUCAAAGCUGCAGAAAUAUCCAGCCUAGCAGAGUAAUGUGAUGUUUUCUGCAGAGUUGUGGCAUGCCAAAUCUUGUGAUCACCAUAAAACAUAAGGAUACUUCAUGAAUAAUACAUUGCAAUGCCAAUAAACUGUUUACUUCUAGCUCGUAGCCUGUUUUUGUACACACACAAUGAAGUGUAUCCAGGAUGUUUAGACUGACAAGAGGGAAUACGAAUAUGCUGUAGCUAUACUUUCAUGUGAGAUGUGAUUCUUGGGAGUUCUGGUUCUUACUAGUUUUGUCUAAGGGAAGUGCUCUUUGAGUUCUUUUGGGGUCAAAGAGGGAAUGACAUGAAUGCAAUAGGGGCAAAACUUCAGCUACUCUUUCUCCACCGAAAGUAACUGACUGCUAAAAACCAUGAAGUGGUAGGAGAACCUCAGGAUUUCUGUAGCUAAUACAUUAAUUGAGCAAUAUAUGUCAUCCAAAGGGGGGAGAAGUAGUGCUGUAUAAAUUAAUAUUUAUCUCUUUCAUUUCACCAUGAGAUCAGUGUAGCAGAAAUCUUAGCAGUGGUUCAUUUUAAGUCAUAAAUAUUCAGUAGUUUUCAUUAACAAAGCUCCAAGUUUGAAUACACUUUUAAAACAAAAGAUAUAUUGACAUAUAUAGAACAGUUAAUAAAUAGUCAUGUAAGAUGGUGCUGCUCCUCACAGAAAUAUUUUAACUGUUUACAUUUUAUAUUUACAGAAUGAUUUAUGUAUAACUGACUUAAGUUUAUGUAUGAGUUAAACAAUCAUUCAGAAUUUAUUUCUUUGGAAAAUGCAGAUUUUUAGUGAAGCUAGGCUGUAUAAUUGAUUGCCUUGUGUAGAUGCAUAUUUUGUGUAGUGGAUUAGAUUGUGAAGAGGAAUUCAAAUUAGUAAAGCUCACAAAAAUGAGCAUAAAAGAUACAGAAGUCUUGCCAGGCACUGAGCAUAAGCAUAUAAUGUAACUGCCUGCAGAGGUCAUCCAGGAGUGAUGGGUGGUCUUCAGUGUGGUUCCUUCUGCUUGUUGGGUUAAAUACGCAUCUUUUUGAAGUUUUAACUGAAAGAGGAAAAUUUCUCUUUGCAGUAAAUUUUAGAAAAACAGAAUUGAUAGUAAUGUCAAUGUCCAACAUGUAUUUAUGAAAAACAUGCAGGGUUGCAAGGAAUGGUAAUGUCUCAAAGAUAACUAAAUUGAUAAACUACACAGUUGUUUUCCUGGCCUGGCUAAACUGCUGGUAAGUGCUGUGUGCGUGUAAUAUUGCUUUCCUCGUUUAUAUCUAAUAUUUCAAUAUUGCCUUCCUAAGCCACAUUUGUUAAGGCAAUUAUUUUUGCAGGAUCCUGCCAAAUUGUAUAUUACCUCAGAACAGGCAGGACAAGUUUGGAUUCAUCUAGCACUGGAAUGUAGAAAAUGUUGAACAGAGACCAAUGGAACAGUCUAUUUUGUAAUUUUUUUAUCAAAGUUUAAGCUGUGAAUUAAGCCAAAAUUUUUGGUCAAACAAAAGUACUCCGUUGUUUUAUAGGGUCAAGAGAUAGUGUGGUCUGCACAGUGUAAUGAAGUUAAGACUGACAAAAGUAACUUCUGAUGCCUCUCAGUGCUGUUAAAAAUAAAUUGGUAAAUAUAGUUCCUAUUUCAAUUUAUUUUAGUCUCCACUGGAUUGCAGUGAUGAUUGAAGUAUUUUGAAACUUCAAAAUAUUGUUUGCUAUUGCUUUCCAGUGUCCAAAAUACAUAGUAACUGAACUGAGCUGCUAAGUGCUAAGGAGAAUUGAGCUUUUCUUCUUUCCAGGCAAGGUUAGUGAAUGUGUGGAACUGCCCACUGCAGCCUGUUGCAAUGUGUGAGCAAACUCUGCUUAAAGGUAUUGCUUCAGUAGGGUUAGAGCUUUGCCUGUGGCAGGAGUUCAGUUUUGGAACCAUCUUCACAGGAGUGUUGCUUUUUCUUUUGUUCAGUUGCUUGCAUUUUAGGCAAAUUAAAGUGAUGGCAAAUUUCAAAGACAAAAUCAUAUUCAGUAAUCAAAUUAUCACAACAGCCUCCUAGUCUUAACUUCCCUUUUUAUUUGUUGAGAUAUAAAUUUUUUUCAGAUAGGUGUACACUGCCACAGAUAGCAAACAAAUGGGUAACUGGAAUUCAGCUGUCUUUGUCUAUUGUUAGAUUAUAUGCUAUACAAUACACUGUACAAUUUUAAAGUAUUGUUAAGUUUUAUUUUAGACUUUGAUUUGGAAUCUUCUCAAGACAACAGGCUUCACUAAAGUGCAUGCAACUUUCUAAGGCCAUUCCAAUCCACUGGGAGUUGAUACGGAUUGAAUUAGCAUGAGCUGUCUCAUCUCUUACCUCAGGUGAGGUUCAGAGUUGGGCACUAAUAGCAAGAUUGAUUUCUGCCUUCUCUGGGCAAAGCUGUGCCAUGCAGCAGGGGUAAAGCACCUUUCUCCUUCUGUAGAAGUAGGUUGUUCAAGAACUUGAAAUAGAGAUGGGGUGGGGGGAAUUAGUACCCUUAGAGUGUACUGAGAUGCUGUGGUAGGAAGUCUUUUGUUGGUGCAAGACAGUGGCUCAGAGCUGAUGUGUUGUUGUGUGUGAGCAGCUGUUCUGCCCAAGCACAACUCUCUGGUGGAACAUGGUCAGCCCUGGGUCGUUGCUCAGCUGAGCAGAUGUGGCACUUUGCCCUGGCCAAGCUUGGGCUUUUAGCUUUGAAGGACUUGUACUAUGUGAGAGGCAGCAGCAUCUUUCUGGGCAGGAAUUCCAGGUGGACAUGGCCUCAGCACCAGUGGUGUGGUGGGAGUGUCCUGUGUCCCCAGCAUGAGCUGUGCCAGUAGGGCCCUGCUGCCCAGGGCUGGGGCUCUGGGAUGGAUGGAUGGAUGGAUGGAUGGAUGGAUGGAUGGAUGGAUGGAUGGAUGGAUGGAUGGAGCAUUCCGCUCAGCAGUGCAUGAAGGAAAAUGUCAAAAACCUCCUACGGGAGGAUGGUCCUACCCAGCCAAUAAUUUGAAGAGUAUGACAGUAAAUGUUUCUUGAUAAAGAACUUGGGCAAAAGGGGAUAAGAAGGUUCAGCUUAUACUUGGUCUUUUACUUUUUCAAGUUGCUACAGGGAGUGAAUUACAGUUUCUAUAUCUGUUUUUAUUUGCUUUUGAAAAUAACUUGUCCAUACUGUUACAUUUUAUUUUCCUGUCAGUGGUUUGGAGCAGUUGAAGGAGAGCCUGUCUGUAUUUUUCAGCAGAAUUAGAGAGAGGUUUUUAUUGAAGCAGUGUGAUAAAACUGUAUGAUCUACCCAAAUUUUCAAUUAAUUUAAUAUAUUCUUAGUUAAGGGCACUGGAUAAUAGUAUUUUAUGUGGUCUCUCUCACUCCCUUCUCUUUGUAUGUCUGUGUUACAGAAAUGUGUUACAAAUCAGAUCACAUUGUGUUUCUGUUUCUGCAGUUCAAAAUUUAGGCUAGGUUUUCUUGAACUACCUCACACAAACUUUCUACGUUUCUUAAGUAAGCAAAGCUAACCCUUGCUAUUGGAACUACACUGAAUGUGAAUAGAAAAUACACCUCCUUUAGAAAAAAAACCUAUUGGCCAAUGUUGAGACAAUAUCAGUAUGUUUCUUAUCUAUUUCACGUAAGAUGUUCAUGUGUAAUACAUAUAUAGCCUGUGUACAGUAAUGUACAUCUAGAUCAUUGUGUUAGCUGUAAAUUGGUGAUUUUAUUAUUGUAGUCUGGUUUUGUAUGGUAAAAAUAGCUUACUAGUAAUGUCGGCUCAUCCUUUACAUUUUACAAAAGGAAUAAUUCUUGGUAAGCUUUGCAUACAGAUGAAUUACUUUUGUAGGCCCAAUAUCUAGUCUAUUUUUGAGAGUUCUUUAACUUUUAUUACUAAAGUUAAGAAAAAAAAAAUUCCACCCCAAUUAUUGUGAUCAUUCCUUCUGCCCUUCUUGAAGUAUGUUCUUAAUUUUAUUAUGUCCCAAGAAAUACAGAGGGGAAGAUACACCAUUAAAAGUACUGGGGAAAACUUAAUUCUUUUUUUUUCUUCCCCAUGUUUGAUAUCUUUUUCUGCUUUUCCUUUAUUCCCUCCAAAUAAGCUGUUGGUGGGCAUUACUGAGAACAUUGUGGGUUUUUUUUUAACUCAUUCAUGCCAUAGGUCAUUACAUGUGUACCACUGGAAUGUAUACAUUGUUAUCUAGUAUGUCAGUUGGUUAUAAUGAUAUUUUAAAUAAAAAAGAAAAAAAAAGUUUGA